AUGGAAAGAUUGUCCCAAAUUGCUUUGCAGACCACCGCCUCUGCGGCCCCACCACCAAAGCCUGCCCAUCCGUUGGAUCCGCUUUCGGUUUUGGAAAUCAAGGCUGUUACCGAUGUGGUCAAGGCUCAUUUCAAGAACCGUGACAUCUCCUUCAACACUGUCACUUUGAGAGAGCCAACCAAGAAGGCUUUCCUCGACUGGUCCGAGAAGAAGGGUGCCUUUCCAGCGCGUCUUGCCUACUACGUUAUCCUCGAGGCCGGUGUUCCCGGUGUCAAGGAGGGUGUAGUGGAUGUCAACGCGCUGUCCGUCAUUGAGCUCCGUGCUCUUGAGGGUGUUCAGCCUAUCCUGACUGUUGAGGAUUUGUGUUCUACCGAGGAGGUGAUCAGAGCUGACCCCAAUGUCAUCGAGCAGUGUGUGCUUUCUGGAGUUCCAGCCUCGGAAAUGCACAAGAUCUACUGUGACCCUUGGACCAUUGGCUAUGACGAGCGCUGGGGAGCUGGACGCAGACUUCAGCAGGCCCUUGUGUACUACAGAUCCGACGAGGACGACUCGCAGUACUCGCACCCAUUGGACUUCUGUCCUAUUGUCGACACCGAGGAGAAGAAGGUUAUCUUCAUCGAUAUCCCUUCUCGCAGAAGAAAGGUCUCCAAGCACAAGCAUGCCAAUUUCCACCCAGAUUCUAUCAAGGAGAAGUACGGAGGCUACAGAGUUCAAAAGCCAAUUAACGUGACCCAGCCCGAGGGAGUAAACUUCAAGAUGACUGGUAACGUCAUGGAGUGGUCUAACUACAAGUUCCACAUUGGUUUCAACUACAGAGAGGGAAUUGUGCUGAGUGACAUUUCGUACAACGACAAGGGAGAGGUCAGACCUCUUUUCCACAGAAUCUCGCUGUCCGAGAUGAUUGUUCCUUAUGGUUCUCCUGACUUCCCUCACCAGAGAAAGCACGCUCUUGACAUUGGUGAGUACGGUGCCGGUUACAUGACCAACCCACUGUCUCUCGGCUGUGACUGUAAGGGUGUGAUCCACUACUUGGACGCUCACUUUGCAGACAGAUCAGGAGAACCAAUCACCAUCAAGCACGCCGUGUGCAUUCACGAGGAGGAUGACGGACUUUUGUUCAAGCACUCUGACUUCAGAGACGCCUUUGCUACCUCUAUCGUCACCAGAGCCACCAAGUUGAUCAUCUCGCAGAUCUUCACCGCUGCCAACUAUGAGUACACCAUUUACUGGGUUUUCCAGCAGGACGGUGCCAUCAAGCUCGACAUCAAGCUGACCGGUAUACUGAACACAUACUCGCUCGGCGAUGACGAGUCCACUGGCCCAUGGGGAACCAGAGUUUACCCUAACGUCAAUGCUCACAACCACCAGCACUUGUUUGCUCUUAGACUUCAUCCAAGAAUUGAUGGUGAAGGAAACUCUGUUGCUGCUGCUGAUGCUUCUGCUGCCGAGGCUCCUCUUGGUUCUGCCGAAAACAUGUACGGUAAUGGUUUCUACUGCAAGAAGACCACGUUCAAGACCGUUGGAGAAUCCUUCACUAAUUACGAGUCUUCCACCGGAAGAUCGUGGGAUAUCUUUAACCCUAACAAGACCAACGCAUACUCCGGAAAGAACCCAUCUUACAAGCUUGUGUCUACACAAUGUCCUCCAUUGCUUGCAAAGGAAGGCUCCAUCGUGUACAAGAGAGCUCCAUGGGCCCAUAACACGAUUUCGGUUGUGCCUUAUGAAGAGGGCAGAUUGUACCCAUCUGGUGACCACGUUCCUCAAUGGUCUGGUGAUGGAGUGCGCGGAUUCCGCGAAUGGGCUCAGGACACCUCUGCCAAUAUUGACAACACUGAUGUGCUGGUGUUCCACACGUUUGGUAUCACGCAUUUCCCAGCCCCAGAGGAUUUCCCUGUGAUGCCUUCUGAGCCAAUCUCUUUGAUGCUCAGACCUCGGCACUUUUUCCUGGAAAACCCAGGUCUAGACGUUCUUCCAUCGCACGUGAUGACAACCACCGGUGCGAGAAAGGCUACUAAUGCUGAGAUUGCAUCCAAGACGGACUCCACUUCGAGACUUGCUUUCGGCUCGACGUCGGCAGCCGGUUCUUGCUGCAAGAGGUAA